CCGGAUUCCUUAGAGGAGGUGGUGGAGGCUUUGGAGGUGGCGGUGGUUAUGGAGGCGGCGGUGGCUUCGGAGGAGGCCACGGAGGUGGAUUUGGAGGUGGUCACGGAGGAGGAUUUGGAGGUGGUUACGGAGGUGGAGGUGGACAUGGAGGUGGCGGCGGUGCUAGAGUUAUCAAAGUCAUCAAGAUCUCAGGAGGUGGUGGAGGACAUGGAGGCGGAGGUGGAUACGGAGGCGGAGGCGGAUACGGAGGUGGUGGCGGUGGCGGAUAUGGAGGCGGUGGAUGGAAAUGGGGUUAAGCGGUUUUUGUACUACAUCCCUUUCAGUUUAAAUUUUAAUUUAUUAUUUUCAAUCAAAAUACUUAAUCUUUGGUUUUCUGUCCAAUUUAAAAAUAAUACCAUCCAUCAUGUAAAUAAAUUCAAUAAACUUUUCUACUCCUAAUCAUAGCAUUUUUAUUUACCUUUCGAUGAUAAUUCAUAAACCUAUGUAGAUUAUUU